AUGCCCAUGUACUGUUCAAAUUUUUUGAAACUAUAUGGUGUGCAUGUCGUCGAUAAUCCGCCUCUCUCAGUUCGCAGGGAAUUCACUGCUACACGGUCUGCCUUCCUGAUGAUACUGAUGGAACUCGGAGGAUCACCACUUUCUGCAAAGCCUGAUAACUCCCUUCAUGCUCAUCAAUCAAUAAGAAUCAUGAAACAAGUUAUUUUUUGGUUGUUUGUCGCCAAUUCAAAGUUCAAGUUCGCCCAUCAAGACUUGCACUGUGGAAAUGUUUUGAUUGGAAAAACAAAGGACGUUUUAUUGCAAUACAGCAUCGGUCAAAAGAACAUUUCAAUAAACUCGAAAGGAAUUUUGGUUAAAGUGUGCGACUACUCGGAGAGCGUUAUAGAUGGAUCAGCUGAUGACGUCAAAGAUCAAAUCCCUGAUUUCGAAAAAGAGCUUCUGAAGAAGACACGCGACUCCGACAGAAAGGUGGUCGAAGAUUUGUUCAAAGGGAUGAGUGAUGCAAAAAGCUUCCGAACGCUUCUCAAAAUUCCACUACUCAGUGGGAAUGAUAUCGAUUGCCACGUUUAAUUUUAUUGUAUUUCUUCUGGUUUAUUUUAGAUUGACGUUAGCCAAUAAAUGUUCCAUUU